AUGCUUCAUGGAUUUUUGAUGGUUUUUUUUGGAUUGAUAACUCCUCUUCUCAUCUGUGUUCUUUCCAUAGAACGGCUUCUUUCACUCAAAUUUACAUACUUCUACCACAGGUUAGUAACAGCACGCAAAGCCAAGCUGACCAUUCUUAUGUGUUGGCUAAUUGUGAUGAUCUUUUGUAGUUUCCCGCUCAUGGGUUUUGGACGCUACUCAUUGCAAUUUCCGUGUACCUGGUGUUUCUUGAAAUUUCACCGCAAACCGAACGCAUCCAUUUCUGUUUACGCUGUAUUAUUUGGCUUCCUCAAUUUGAUCCUCAUCGCCAUAAUGGUCGUCUGCAAUGUGGUAGUCGCUUCGACUCUUCUACACAUGCGCAGACAGCGCAAGAUCAAUAGUUCGCCGUCUUCGUCCAUUAAAAAAAUCACACCCUCGACACCUCCACCAUUGGUGCUACCGCCCAAGCUUAAAAUCGAAAUGGAAAUUAAAAUGGUGUGGUUCUUGUCGUGCAUCACCAUCUUUUUUCUUGGCUGUUGGGUGCCAUUCAAUGUUAAUAUUCUCCAGUCUCAACUGAGUGGCAAAAUUCAGCUGGACCGUGACUUGAUCACCGUACGAUUAGCAUCAAUUAAUCAGAUUAUCGACCCCUGGCUGUAUAUCUUACUGCGAGGCAAUAUUGUUCGAAAACUGUUCAACUACAUCAAGAGUUUAUUUCCUUAUAAGGGUAGGCGCAUGCGUGAAGUUCAAAGAAAAGGCAUCAAGAUAAAUUUUCCAAAAGAAAAUCUGGAUAUGAAGAAAACCCCGAAAAGUACGAAAGAAGAAUCACAUUAUAACCUUCCAGUCAGCAAGCAAGAACCAGAGGAAAUUGGGCCGUGCGCCUUACAAGAUCCAAGUGUCUGUUACUCGAUUACCGACGACAACGUUCCAGCAAAAAAGAGUUCUAAUCAUAACAAUAAUAACAGAGAAACCAUUAAAUCGAAAUUCUUCUCUCGUCUGAUUCACAUUGGCUGGUUUCACAUCGUCAAGAUAUAA